GGUUUCGGUUCCCUGGAUAUCAAAAUUUUAAACCUGUUCGGAUAUUUAAUCAAUUUCGGUUCAGAUUCGGUACUACUUUUUCGGAUCGAGUUCGGUUUGGUUCUUCGGAUUUGAGUCUUUUUGCCCAGCCCUCCUUAUAUCUAUUAUGACUUCGUUUGAAGCUUAAACCACAUCUUUUUGUAACAAGAAGUAUAGAACCAACAAAACAAAUGGAUCCGAAGGAGCUUCCGUCCAACAUAGGAGACGACAAGAUAAGUGAAGAAACCAAGAAGUUGAUCUCUUCGCUUCAUUCACACAUAGAUUACCAAGGGCAUAAGAUUUGUAAAUAUCAAGGAUGUUGGUAUUUUUACAACACCCUCCAAGGUAUUCUCAAUUUCCAGAGAGGUUUUCAACCGCAAGACACUGAUAUCGCUUCGUACCCCAAAUCAGGCACUAUUUGGCUCAAGGCUCUCACAGUCGCUCUCCUUGAGAGAUCAAAGAAACAUUCUUUUGAUGAUGCUGAUCAUCCUCUUCUAUAUAAUAAUCCUCAUUGCAUUAUACCAUUCUUGGAGAUUGAUAUGUACCACGAAAGCUCAAGUCCUAACCUAGCCAAGUUCUCUAAACCUCCAAGGUUGUUCUCGACGCACAUGCCACUGCACACGAUGCACGAAACCCUCAAGCACUCUCCUUGCAAGAUUGUUUACGUGUGUAGGGACGUGAAGGACACGUUGAUUUCGUGUUGGUUUUAUAGCAGUGCUAUUUAUAAAAUUGAACCAACCAGAAGCGUUCUCGAGUCUAGGUUUGAAGAGUUCUGCAAUGGAACUAACUAUUUUGGACCUUUUUGGGAACACCUCUUGAGUUACUGGAGAGGAAGCUUGGAAGACCCCAAGCAUGUCCUUUUCAUGAGGUAUGAGGAAAUGAAAGCCGAGCCUCGUGAUCAGAUCAAGAGACUUGCGGACUUCUUGGAUUGUCCUUUUACUAAGCAAAAAGAAGAUAGUGGAUCUGUGGACAAGAUCUUGGACCUUUGCUCUCUGCGUAAUCUGAGCAGUUUGGAAGUUAACAAAACAGGGACAAUAAACAGUGUGGAGCACAAGUUUUUUUUUCCGUAAAGGGGAAGUCGGUGACUCGAAAAAUUAUCUUACACCUGAAAUAGAGAACAAGAUAGACAUGAUCAUCCAAGAAAAAUUGCAAGGUUAUGGUUUGAAAUUUUUAAGUUUUAUGGUUUGUGUGUUUCUUUGAUAUGAUGCAGCAUAAUAAGAGCACCUUACGUUGUUA